AUGAUAUUGGCCGGGGCGCAAAUCGUGGACGAUCACAGUGUGGCCUACCGGCCGGAAAACAUGCCAGAAACAGUGAAAUCAAGUGUGACACCAGCUAUCAAGGAAGGCUCAUCCUCUCAAGACGCGCAAGUCGUCGCGAAAAUCCCAAAGAGGGAUCUAGUCGAUAUCCAGUUUACAAAUAUCACAUGCACAGUCAGCUUGGGAAUCAAUAAAGGACACAAACAAAUUCUACAUGGCGUGAAUGGACGCUUGCGACCAAAUCAACUAAUUGCUAUAAUGGGACCAUCAGGCGCUGGAAAAUCGACACUGCUAGACGUACUCUCUGGAUAUCGUAUCACCGGCGUCGCAGGAGCCGUAUUCAUUAAUGGAAGAGGCCGAAUUCUGAAAAGAUUCAAGCGCAUGUCGUGCUACAUCCAGCAAGACGACCGGCUACAGGGCUUACUAACCGUGGGCGAGAACAUGGCGCUCGCAGCGGACCUUAAACUGCCCACCAAGUUAGAUAAAUACGAGAAGGGAGAAGUUAUCGAGGACAUCCUGACGAACUUGGGUCUGUACGAACACAUGAACACGCGCGCGGCACAGCUGUCCGGCGGGCAGAGGAAGCGGUUAACUAUAGCGCUGGAGCUCAUAAGCAAUCCACGCAUUAUGUUUCUCGACGAACCAACAACCGGCUUAGACAGUUCUUCCUGUACACAAGUUGUGCAGCUUUGCCGGAGUCUGGCGCACCAGGGCCGUACCAUCGUGUGCACAGUCCACCAACCCUCGGCUUCUCUGUUCGCCCUCUUCGACCACGUGUACGUGUUGGCAGCGGGCUACUGUAUGUAUCAAGGCACGACGCGGAAUCUCGUCCCUUACCUUGAGCAAGCAGGAAUACCCUGCCCGAUGUACCACAAUCCAGCUGAUUAUAUAAUCGAAUUGGCUUGUGGGGAAUAUGGUGAAGACAAGAUCGGAUACUUGACCACUAGAGCAGAAAACGGCAAGGAUCUCAGCUGGUUCGAUAAUCCAGAUACCAUUCCCACAAUGGAGGGUUUAAGAAAACAGUAUCCGUUAAGCGUGCUCAAGGAACAGGACACGGGGCCUGGGGAAGAAGAAACUUCGCAGUCCAACCAGAGAAUGGUGCUCAUAAAAAGAGGGUUCUUGAAAGCUAAACGCGACGCCAUGUUAACGCACCUGAGGCUGUUGGUGAACGUCAUAGUGGGUAUCAUGCUGGGCAGUCUGUUCGUCAAGGCUGGCAACGAGGGUAAUAGGGUUAUAGAAAACUACAAUCUGCUGUUCGCUAUACUCAUGCAUCACAUGAUGUCGCCAAUGAUGCUCACCAUUCUUACAUUCCCUUCCGAGAUGUCGAUAUUAAUAAAGGAGCACUUCAACCGCUGGUACUCGCUGGGGUCUUAUUAUAUUUCUAUUACGCUAGUGGACUUGCCGAUCUCUAUAGUCUCGUGCGCGGUGUUCAGUGUGAUAGUGUACACCAUGUCUUCGCAACCACUUGAGAUCGUCCGCUUCCUCAUGUUCUUUGCGAUCUCGCUGUACACGGUGCUCGUUGCACAGAGCCUCGGUCUCAUGAUCGGUGCCGUCUUCAACGUCGUUAACGGAACGUUUCUCGGGCCAACUAUCUCUGUGCCAAUGAUGAUGUUUGCGGGCUUCGGGGUCACACUACGGGACCUACCCCCCUAUUUAUAUUGGGGCUCGUAUAUCUCUUAUUUAAGAUAUGGCCUCGAGGGGCUCAUCGGAGCGAUCUACGGACUCGAACGGCCUACGCUGGAUUGUGAUCAGGCCGUAUACUGCCAUUACAAACACCCAAAGACGUUUUUAAAUAUAAUCGCCAUGUCUCCUGACAUGUUCUGGUGGGACGUGCUGGCCCUUACCAUCUUUGUUGUCGUCCUGCGAGUGGCUGCAUUCUUACUUCUUAAAUGGAAGCUCAAAGCUAUACGAUAA